AUUGUCAAGUGGAUUAACGAGCAUGAGUACAACAACGACACACGUGGAACGUGCAGCUGGGAUGUAGCGGAUUGCAUCAGCACGACUGUACAACAAAACAAAGCCGCCAAACAAACACUGACUCGACUCUGUGUAAACGUGAUUUAUGAUAUUCUGAGGUGUAAUAUUUGGAGUGGAAAUGGAGAGGACAAGAAGAACGAUUCGGUUGUAAAACUGAAAAAAGAGUUGGGACUGCUCAAUGGUGUGGCCAUUAUAGUAGGGGUGAUCGUGGGAAGUGGAAUAUUCGUCUCCCCAAAGGGUGUGCUGUUAGAAGCAGGAUCUGUUGGACUUUCUAUCAUAGUCUGGUGCCUCUGUGGCUUUAUUUCAUUGAUUGGAGCGAUAUGUUAUGCGGAACUAGGCACGUGUAUUCUGAAAUCAGGUGCAGACUAUGCCUACAUAACGGAAUCUCUGGGGCCCUUGCCAGCCUUUUUGUAUCUGUGGGUAGCUCUCAUCGUCAUCAUUCCCACUGGCAAUGCCAUCACAGCCUUGACGUUUGCAAAUUACAUACUGCAACCGGUUUACCCAGACUGUAGUGGAGCACCGGAUAUUGCUGUCCAGCUCCUAGCAGCACUGUGUAUCACAUUGCUGACUUUCAUCAACUGUUACAACGUGAAAGCAGCUGCCAGUGUACAGGACAUUUUCACCGUGGCCAAGGUACUUGCUCUCAUCAUCAUCAUUAUCACUGGCUUCGUGGAGAUCGGCAAAGGCUCCACGGAAAGUUUCCAGCAGCCGUUUGAAGAAUCUACUCGGGAGCCAGGGAAGUUUGCCUUAGCCUUUUAUUCAGGUCUUUUUUCUUACGCAGGAUGGAAUUACCUAAAUUUUGUCACUGAAGAAUUGAAGAAUCCUUACAAAAAUCUUCCCCGAGCGAUAUGGAUUUCCAUUCCCCUAGUGACGAUAAUUUAUGUCCUGGCAAACGUCGCAUAUUUCUCCGUCCUCUCUCCAGCAGAGCUGUUAGAAUCUGAUGCUGUGGCUGUGACAUUUGCAAACAGGACACUGGGCGUAAUGGCAUGGAUAAUGCCAUUGUUUGUGGCGUGUUCAACAUUCGGUGGACUGAAUGGUGCUAUCUUCACUUCAGCAAGACUCUUCUUUGUUGGUGCUCGAGCAGGUCAUUUGCCGGACUUUUUGGCCACCAUUAAUUUGAAGUAUUUCACUCCAAUGCCUGCUCUUCUGUUUGGGUGUAUCAUGUCCUUGGUUAUGCUGUGCUCCAGUGAUGUCUACGCCCUGAUAACCUACGCCAGUUUUGUGGAGUCCUCUUUUAUUGGGCUCUCUGUCUGUGGUAUGCUAUAUCUACGCUACAGCCGACCAAAUAUGGAGAGGCCAAUAAAGGUAAAUAUCAUCUUCCCAAUCAUCUUCCUGGUAAUUUGCAUCUUCCUGAUCAUCACGCCUCUCACUGCAAGCCCUCAGGAAUGUCUAAUUGCGAUUAUCAUGGUGUUUACUGGCAUCCCCGUCUACGUGCUUGGUGUCAUGUGGAAGAAUAAACCUCAAGGAAUACGCAAUUUUCUAUGUAAAUUCACCGUUUCCACUCAGCGUCUUCUGCUCUGCGUUCAGGAGGACCAUGAAGAUUAAAGUGCCUUAUGAGAAUCUAAUGAGUUGUAUGUCCAUGGCAUGAUGUGUAACUCUGUAGAGGUGUGUGAGAGUUAAACAUCAUGCUAGUGUCUUAUGAGAGUCCAAUGUGUUAUAUAUCCAUGGCAUGAUGUGUAACUCUGUAGAGUUGUGUGAGAGUUUAACAUCAUGCUAGUGCCUUAUGAGAGUCAAAUGUGUUAUAUAUCUAUGGCAUGAUUUGUAACUCUGUAGAGUUGUGUGAGAGUUGAACAUCAUGUUAGUGCCUUGUGAGCGUCUAAUGUAUUAUAUAUCCAUGGCAUGAUGUGCAACUCUGUAGAGUUGUGUGAGAGUUGAACAUCAUUCUAGUGCCUUAUGAGAAUCUAAUGUGUUAUAUAUCCAUGGCAUGGUGUGUAACUCUGUAGAGUUGUGUGAGAGUUGAACAUCAUGAUAGUGCCUUAUGAGAGUCUAAUGUGUUAUAUAUCCAUGGCAUGGUGUGUAACUCUGUAGAGUUGUGUGAGAGUUGAACAUCAUGAUAGUG